UAGCGGGGCGUGGGCUGCACUGAGUGGGCGUGGCCUUCGCUAAAGAGGGCGUGGUCUGCCCUAGAUGGGCGUGGCCUGUUGUCCCGCAGGCCCCGCCCCCAGCCCGGGCGCUCAGGACGACUCGUAUUUCCCUUUUCACGAAGAAAUGAAACACGCACAGAACGCAUCCCUGUAAAACGAUGCAUUAAACCCGUGACCUUGGCUACAGACGAGGUAGAUUUCCACCUUAAACAGGUUAAAAACGUUUCCGUGUGUAGCGACUACAGCCGUCUCCGCUGGAAGAGCUGCCACAGCCUUCGGCCCAGAAGCAGAAGCCUGAAAUUGCUUGCAGCUCCCGAGGGAGCUCUGGGGGGGGGAAAGGUCCCGUCCCCCCGCUGAGCUCAACUUCCGAAGGCCCCACGGCGCUCAGAGCCACGGAAGCCCCGUUGCCAUAACGACAGCGCCACCCCCGCCGGCCGCCGUAGCGUGACGUCAUCACUGCGCGACGGCGCGACGCGGGGCGAUGGCGGAACCCGCAGAGCCGGGCCGGGAGGAGAGGGGAAGCGGCGCCGAGCGGGAGCCGUCACCCACCGCCCCAUCCCCUACCGGGGGCGGCGCUGAGGCCGCGGAGGAACCGGCGGCCGCGGAGGGAGCGGCAGAGGGGGAGGCGGCGGAGGCUGGAGGCGGCGGGGAGCUGAAGGUGGAGGCUGCGGACGGGGAGGUGAGGAGCGCGGAGGGGGAGGCGCUGGACGGGGAGGACCUGAGCCUGCAGCCGUCGGCGGCCAAGAAGGUGAAGCUGGAGCUGAAGGAGAGGAAGGAGAAGAAGCACAAAGUGGACGAAGAUGAGAUCCAGAAGAUGCAAAUACUGGUCUCCUCCUUUUCUGAAGAACAGCUGAAUCGCUAUGAGAUGUAUCGCCGCUCUGCCUUCCCCAAAGCUGCUAUCAAACGGCUGAUCCAGUCCAUCACGGGCACGUCUGUCUCUCAGAAUGUGGUUAUUGCCAUGUCUGGCAUUUCCAAGGUCUUCGUUGGGGAAGUGGUGGAGGAAGCACUGGAUGUGUGUGAGAAGUGGGGGGAGCUGCCACCUCUGCAGCCCAAACACAUGCGGGAGGCUGUCAGGAGGCUCAAGUCACGAGGACAGAUCCCAAAUUCCAAAUAUAAAAAGAUCAUCUUCCACUGAAGUGUCCUGGGAUCAGCAAAGAGAAGACAUGUUCGAACAAGCUUCGGUUGUGCACCGUACAGCAGUUGCAGCAGAUAUGAAACAGAAGCACUCCCCCUCUCCUGCUUGCAGUCCUCUCCAAGGAGCCUGUACUCAAGCUCAAUUCAACGUGGAUUUCAGUAACUUCAAGCAUGGAGGUUUAUGUGGAUUGCUUUCAGUUUACAAAACUACCAUGAAUGUUCUCAGCAUGGCUCAUGGGAUAGAAGGGCAGGGAGAAGUGCUGAAGCUGCAGUUGUCCCAUUAAGCUCAUCCCCAUAGGAGAGGCUCCCUGCCAGCAGCCCAUGAACAGUACGUUGUGUGCAGACAUUCAUGUAGGCAACCAUGGGGAUGUUUCCUGCAGUAAUUCCUGAAGGCCAGCUUGUCAGCUUAGUGCUGUGCAGGGUCAAGGAGGAGGCAGAUUCCUGGCCUGGUGCCUCAGAGUCCUCUGAUCCAGCAGCUUGGGAAAGGAACAUGCAACAUCUUCAGUGUAUUUACCACCAGCAUCGUACCUUCUGCUGGCACAGGUGUAGUGGUGUCUCUGUACAGAAGUGUCUUUUUUUUUCUACAUUAAACUUGUUACUAUAUUCUUAGUCUCGCUGGGACAGCAAA